AUGACUAAAUUAGGGAAAUUACAAAAUCGUAAUUUAUAUGAAGCGAUGGGGCAGCCGAAAACCAUUGUUGCGCCAAUGGUUGAUCAUUCCGAACUAGCUUGGAGGAUUCUAUCACGAAAAUAUGGAGCAGAUCUUUGCUAUACGCCCAUGUUUCAUGCUAAAUUAUUCGUAACAAGCGAGAAAUAUCGUUCAAGUAUGUGGAAUGUAAAAGAUGGUGAUAAACAAAAAGACCGACCUUUGAUAGUUCAAUUUUGCGCCAACGAUGCGGAUUAUUUACUUGAAGCAGCAAAACUCGUUGAAAAUCAAUGUGAUGCUGUGGAUUUGAAUUUGGGCUGUCCCCAAGGAAUAGCGAGAAGGGGCAAAUACGGAGCUUUCCUUAUGGACGAUUGGGACUUGAUUCAUAAACUCAUUAGAAACCUACAUGAUAAUUUGUCUAUACCGGUCACUGCAAAAAUACGAAUCUAUGACGAUUGGCAAAAAUCAUUGGAUUAUGCCAGGAUGGUUUUGGAUGCAGGGGCACAGUUCAUUACUAUUCACGGAAGGACAAGAGAAAUGAAAGGUCAGCAAACAGGACUUGCCAAUUGGAAAAUUUUGAGGUAUCUUCGAGAUAACUUGCCCGAGAACCAGGUAUUUUUCGCAAAUGGGAACAUUUUGUAUCCUGCGGAUAUAGAGAGAUGUCAAAAGGAGGUAAGUUGUGAUGCUGUAAUGUCAGCAGAGGGUAAUUUGUAUAAUCCAGGUGUUUUUUGGACCAAGGAUGAUAAUAAGGAGAUGCAGUUUCCCAGAGUAGACAAGAUACUACGAGAAUAUUUUGAGAUAGUUAAAGACGUUAAUAGCCCCGCAUCAACCCAUUCCAUGAAAUCUCAUUUUUUCAAGUUGUUGCAUGAGUUUCUAAAUGUGCAUACAGAAUUGAGACCUAAAAUAGGACUGACUAGUGUACGUUCUUCUUUUGACAAUUGGAAUGCAAUUGUUGAGGAGGUGGAAAGAAUAGUAGAGAAGGAAAUUUAUAGAAGGCCAAACAUUGCGGAAAUAGAUGUUAUUACUGACGGGCCUGUUGAGUCAUGGGGUGGAAAAUACAAAGAGGUACCGUAUUGGAGGUGUCAGCCAUACUUUAGGAAAGUUGAUGGUGAGAAACAAAACACAAGAAUGUUAAAAGUCGCUGGUGAGUUGGACUUGCUUGCAUCAUCGGAAACAGCAAAGAGGAAACUUGAGAAUGAAGAAGGCUUUCAAGUGCUGAAGAAGCAGCAGCAACAGCAGCAACAGCAGCAACAGCAGCAACAGCAGCAACAGCACGACACUAUUGAGCAAAGCAAGACAGUGGAACAACACUAG